AUGGAUGUUGCACGAGGCAUCUUGGUGAAAAUGCCCGUAAAAUUUUUCAUUGUGGAGCUUUUCUUGGACAUUAUUACCAUGCAACAAAAGCAUAUCGGCCAUUUUGAACAAAUCCGAAUUAUCAAUGCGGAGGUCGCUGAUUAUCUUGAGAAUAUUGGGUUUCACAAAUGGAGUAGAGCAUAUUUUCCAGGAAACAGAUAUGAUGUAUUGACCUCAAAUAUUGCUGAGUCUGUUAAUGCAAUGUUCAAUGAAGCAAGAGAAUUUCCUAUUAUUGCCUUGUUCAAUGAUAUAAGCAAGAGAUGGUUGGAAAAAUUUCAUGAGAGAAGAAUGGCAUACGCCAAGUUAAAAACCACCUUCGUUCCUUCAGCUGAAACUAAAAUAAUGGCUAAUAAGAAUCUGGGAAAUAAAUUAUUGGUCCAUCAAAUUGAUGAAGACACCUUCAGCGUCACCGCGGACAAUGGAAUCGCAAUGGUCCAUCUUCGAAGUAAAAUAUGUUCGUGUCGAGAGUUUGACUUGGAUAAAAUACCCUAUCAACAUGCUAUGGCUGCGCUCAGACAUAAAUUUGGAGAUGAAUAUGGCAAGAUGAUUUAUGAGUACUCUUCUCCGUAUUAUAAGAUAGAGUCAUAUAUACUUGCAUAUGCAGAUCCAAUCUAUCCAGUGCCAGCUGAAGAAUUUUGGAAUCUUCCUCUGGAAAUUUUAGAGAGAGUAAUACCUCCACCUAAAAAGAAAACUAAACUGGGAAGAAAGCGGCUGAAACGAGUACCUACUUUAGGAGAAGUGGUUUCAAAGAAAAGAAAUAAAUGCUCUCUAUGUAAAAGAUUUGGCCACAAAAAAACUUCAUGUCCUACGAGAUCGAAUGAAGUUGCAGGAACAAGUAAUGGUGUAGUUUCAUGA